GUUAAAGCCGUCUAAUGAGUUGAACAGUUCAGCUGCAGCAAUGGGUGGGAAGCCUUUAUAUGAUGAAAAUCAGGCUGUGCAGCUACCAGUUAAGGACGACUGCCAAAGUCAGCAUAUGACAUUGAGCCAGGCAUUCCACCUUAAAAACAACAAUAAAAAGAAGCCAGUAACUGUGGAAAAGCCAAAACAAGAUUCCAACAUGCCCAAAAAGCUCAUGCUUGGAUCUUACCGUGGCCAAAUCGUCGAGUCUAGCAAUGAAACAGUGAAAAGUGAGCGAGCUUCACACACGACAGCUCAGGGCACACAGCUCGUGCGCCCUCCUAUCAGAAGUCACCAGGUCAAUACCCACCACACCAGGGAACCAGGCGUCGCCAGAACCUCUGCCAAUGUUACCAUUCCCAAAGGGCCUCGGGAGAAAGAAUCAUUACAGUCCAAAGCAGCCUUCCCCAGCAUUAAAGCCAACACUUCUCAGGACAUAAGGUGGAACCAGGCACUGUCCCGUGGCGAGGAGCCCGCCUUGGGGGAGAAACCUGCUGCAGCUUCCUCUACCAAGUUGGUAGAGAAGCCCAAGCCCACGGGCCAGCAGAGACCUGCUGCGAGUGCAAAAGCAGCUGUUAGCAGCAAGGCAGGUCAGCCCAAAGAAACUGCAGAACAGAGAAAAUCUCGUCUGAGUGAGUGGAAAGCUGCCAAAGAAAGGGUGCAGAAAAGGCCUCCUAACCCUAGGGUCAAGCAGCCUGAGCCCAAAGAGCAGGAGGAAACUCCAGUCGGGUCCUUCUGGACCACCAUGGCAGAAGAGGAUGAACAAAGAUUAUUCACUGAAAAAGUAAACAAGACGAUUUCUGAGUGCCUCAACCUCAUCAAUGCGAAAAACACAAUUAAGCCUAUGGAAGAGUUGCGGCACAUAAUCGCGGACAUUCUAGCCAGGAAAUGUCAAGAGGCUAAUCUUGGAGAAAAAACUGAAGAGGCUUAUGGAACCAAGGAAGAAACCCAAGAAGACAACACUGAAGAGAAAGGCCUUAAUCAGACACCAGUGAAACAGGAGGCGGAGAGCAAACAUCACAGCAGUGUGGCAUUUGCAGAUUGUGAAAAAGAACAAGAUGACAAAACGAAAGAUUCAGCCAGUGAUGUCCUAACCCCCAGUACAGAAGCUGGAUCAAGUAGCAUAAUUAAAUACAAUGUAUCUACCACACCAUACUUGCAAAGUGCAAAAAAGAAGAUGCAAUUUAAUGAAACAAAUUCUGUGUUUAAAGAAUUGAAGUUUCUGACACCAGUGAGGCGUUCCCGACGUAUUCAAGAGAAGACGUCAAAAUUGCCAGACAUGUUGAAAGACCACUAUCCUUGUGUGUCUUCCCUGGAACAGCUGUCAGAGUUGGGAAAUGAAGCCGAUGCUUUUGUCUGCCGCCCCAAUGCAGCGCUCUGGCCGAUGUGCUCUGAGACGAAUGCAGCAGAAGGGGAAUAAAGGAAGCAUGGGGUUUGUAGAGUUCCCGAGUAUCGUGUGGCUUUGUAUUUCCUUUGGUCUGGAGAUGGCUAAGUUUAGAAGAUCCGAAGUAUUCAUGACAACUCCUUGACUAACAUUUAUAUUAUAGCAGGCAUUGCCUUUAUACAGUGGAGACAUGAUUUUACCUUGGCAGUCUCAACACUUUGUCUUUAAAAUAAAGUCUUGUCAGCUGGUUUACUGUGCUCUUUGAACAAAUAGAGAUUU